GUUAUCUACUGUUACACAUUUGUGUUAUCAGAUAAAUAAACUCCUUGAAUCAUUGUAGUGUAGAGUUUUAUUGAAUGAAGAUGCUUUUACCGAUUUUAUACACCGUCUCCACUUUGGACGCACUUGCUUUUGCUUUGGUCAUAACUGCAAUAAAUCCCUAUGCGUUUUCGUUAGGUGGAACCCAAUUCUAUUUGGGAGUUUUGGGUUCACUCUCAGCCUUAAUUAAUCUAUUUUGGAACCCGAUAGUGGGAAGUUUAAGUGAUAGUCUUGGACGAAAAAAAAUGCUCCUGCUAUGUCUCGUUUUCGUCUUUAUUGGCAAUUUUCUAGUGACAUUAGUGUCGUCUCUGACUGUAUUAUUCAUAUCCCGGAUUUUGUCAACAUUCGGUACUCAAAUUACGAUCCUUAUCAAGUCGCUACUUGACGACAAUAUUAAAACAAAAGAAACGAAAAUGACGGUUAUAUAUCGAAUGCAAGCUAUAGGUGGAAUUGCCUUUAUCUCCGGGGCUUUGAUUGGUGGACACUUGAGCGAACAUGAGAGUGGUUUCACGAUCAUAUUUGCCUUGAUAUCACUCAUGGUUGCUGUCAAUUUUGCACUGAUUUGCUUAAUCGCUGACACCCACACUAAAGAAAAAAAAUCAAAGCCACCUAUGCAAAUCACAAGCGAACUUAAAAACGCUGCUGCCAACCUAACCAAAGUAAACUGGCCGAAAUACUGGGACCUAUUCACCAUGAAACUAAUCGUUGAUUUUGUAAUGAACGUCAUGCAGUUCAAUUUGGCUUUGAUUUUACAUCAACGUUUCGGCAUUAGUGGCAAACUCUUCGGAUACGUUUUCGCAAUUGCCAGUGUUGUGUCGAUUGUCACGAGUCUGGCGAUGAGCAAAGCUCAAAAAUCUUUGUACAAAAGCGACGAUUCGGGAUUACAAAGACUAAAACACGGAUUCGUGCUACUGACGUUGGCUUGUUUGGGGCUCGGUUUGAGCCAGAAUUUUACAUUAUUUUUUUUGAGUCUUUUGCCGACGUCUGUGACGCGAGUGUUGUUCGAAUCCACUUUUACUGAAAUUAUUUUGGCGAGGGCUUCGGCCCAGGAAAAGGGGAGUAUCAUGGGGACGUUUGAGACGACGCUGUCUCUAGGGGGGCUCACUGCGCCCCUCAUAUCAGGAAUUGUGUCCGAUUUUUGGGGCGAGACGUACUGUAUUUUGAUGUGUGCGGUGCCACUUGUGUUUGGAACAGGUUUAAUUUAUUUGCAGAAGAACAAAAUGCAAUAGUAGGGAUACCAAAUUUUUUCUACUACUAUUUAAGUUUGUUUUUCCAUUUUAUGUAUUUCCUAUUUAGACAUGUUGACUAUAUUUUCUUAAAACAUAAUUUAUGAUGCAAUGUUUCCGAACAAACUUUUUAUUAAAUACUUUUAAAU